AUGAGGUGGAAAAAACUAUGUGUGGCAUGGUCAUCUGGGUUCGAUUUCCCCAGCCGCUUCGAAGCCUUGGAGAACCGCGCUACAGAUGCUCAAAUCUUUGAGUUUAAUUUCCUGUAUUCUCCGCGCUUUUCCCUAUGUCGACAGCCCCGCCAGCAAGCAACACAGCCGAGAACAACGAAAGACAAGGACGGCACAAAAGAGAAGGAGGGCACAAAAGACAAAGAUGGCACGAACCCGACGACAGCACAGGAGCCGGACUUACUCAAACCCUUCACCUGCAACUGGGCACAAGGCGCGCGUCUAGCCUUUCUUCAACAGUCGCUUCAGGUUUACAACAAAGCUGCCCUGAAAAGUUCCCAAAAGGCCCAGGAUUCGCUUGACGGCAUUAUCAACGACUACUUCAAGCAAUUCAACUGGCGUCACCCUAUCAGCCGGGAGCCCAAACCUGAUGAUCCACCCCUCGACGACCCGAAGGCAAAGCUCCCCGCUUCAGAGGAGAAACUGAAGCAACAAGUUAUCGCCAAAAUGAAAGACUCCAUUGGAGGCUGGAUGCGAUAUCGAGCGAACAAAGUUGACCAUGGACUCAAACAAAUCACUAACACGUCGCCAAAUAACCCUUAUGCCAUACUCCUCAGCCAGCUCUCCGGGAUCGGUCUCAAACCUCCAAAGCGACUCUGCGCUUGGCAGAUGCUACUCAAGCAUGGCUUUGAGCCUCACGCCAAAGAUUUUCAAAGGUCAUUUGCGGCGUCCGGCGAGCCGCAAUCGGAGAUGGCCAACAGACGGAACGAGUACGACCAGGCCAUCUUUGACAAGUUGGGCCCAUCGGACAAAGAAGCUUGGGCUCAGAGGGCCAAAGACGCGCAUGAAGCUCAGCGUGCAGAGAUCGAGGGACGGGCGCAGAGAAUAUUGGCCUUCACCCCCGAAGAGCGACAAGAAGCCAUUGAACGACUCGGAGAUUUCUUUUACCCCAUCAUGGAAGGAGUCAGCGAAAUCACUCGCUGUCAUGUCACCGUCUUAGUAGGUGGGCCAGAACCUGCCCAGGGGGGUCAGAUUAAUGUACUAAGCUUACAUGUUGGAGAGAACCUCUCUGCAAUCCCGAAGACAUGGAGUGAAGGGGACAAGCCGGGGCACGAUAUCUGCGUGCAAGCCUACCAACGUUGGCUCGAAACAUGUUUCACUCCGGAGGACCAGCUUGCGGCUGCUAUACCCGGUACCCGUGCAGCAGCCUUGCCGUCUUCUCGAACACAGCACAGCACCAACCUUCGCAAGCGCAAAGAAAAUGACCGAGACCCGUCCCCUGAUCCCUCUCGCUCCGACUCUCAUAGCAUCCAUCGUUCCUCAUCAAAACAUCAACGUCGUCACGCCCGUGAUGUGUCCUCCGACAGCUCUGACAGUGGGGACACUGACUCCGACACUGACUCUGACUUGCCUAUGUCGAAGAGACGUGCCAAGAAGCGUAAAGAAAGACGCCAGGAGAAGAAGAAGGCUUGCAAAGCAAAGUCUAAGCCCGUGAACAUAGGCAACAAGACCACCCCCCACACCGCCGCCAAACCCCAAGAUUGCUUCACUGACAACGACACCAACCCUCCACCGAAGAAGAAAAAGAAAGCUUUAGAUCCCCCAGAAGCUUCGUUGGCCUCGAUUCAAGCCUCAGAAGGGAACGUGUCGUCGAAAGAAUCCACCCCUCCUCCCACUGCCCCAAUUACUCCAGCUCCAGCUUCCCCCAAGCAAGCUCCAGCGUCCCUCGAGACCCCUGAAGUCGAUACUCGUGCCGCCUCCCCAGCCGCCUCCACCAACCCAAACAAUCCUCCUUGUAGCCCAAGCCGUGUUAUGGAGAAAGAAAGUCCCUACGUGAAGCCGGACGCGUAUACGCCUUUCGAUCCUCAAUGGCCCGAGUGGUUCAAACGGGUAUACAAAACACUUACCGGCCCUGUGAAGAUGCCACCCGUGUGGCUGUCACUAGUCAAGCUGUAUGUCCGCCUUGAGCAACAGACAAACUUCGCCAAUCCCGAGCGCGUGAGCCUGGUGCCCGCCUUGCGGCCAAGCCAACUCCCUCAUUGGAUCUCAAGGGGCCGCAAAGUCACCAUCGUCCCCAUUCCCGAUCUAGACGAUUUCACGGCAUCGUGGUGGGCUUGGUGGGUUUCCUUACAACCUGCAUGGCGAGAUGUAGCUGGUCAGGCAUCGCUUCAUCUACGCCAUCGACAUUUCACUGCUGAACAAUCGGAGGUACCGGGAGGUUGGAAAGGUCUGGAUAUCCCAGGUGCCAAUGGGAUUGCCAGUGUUAUGGCUUGCCUUGCGUGGUGGGCCAUCGAGCUGGACAAAUUAGUGCCCGAAGGAUAUAACUGGGUAUGCGAGACUGAGGGCGCUGGAGAUUGGCUGGAAGCGGUCGCCGACGUAACUUGGGUAUUGAACAGCAUCAUCCUCAGCCGCCGCAACGAGCCCAACUGA